AUGGCGGGCGGUGGUAUUCCCACGAACAGCCCCACCGUUGCUGGUGGCUAUCUGUCUGGCAAGCAGCUCAUCUAUCCUUUGAGCUUGGUCAUCUCCCUCUUCUUCCUCUGGGGUUUCUCGUACGGUCUGCUUGAUGUCUUGAACAAGCACUUUCAGACAGUGUUGGGCGUGACACGUCUCGAAUCCACUGGUCUUCAAGUCAUGUACUUCGGUGGUGGUUACCUCUGCUUCUCGCCAAUCGCCGCAGAAGUUCUCAAGCGCAAGGGUUACAAGGUCACAAUCCUCAUGGGUCUGGGUCUCUACUCUCUCGGCGCUAUCAUGUUCUGGCCUACCGCCCAUUUCUCCAACCCUGGUAACGAGAAGGCUUCCUUCGGUGGCUUCUUGGCUUGCACUCUUGUCAUCGCCUGUGGUUUGGCCACUCUCGAGACUGCUGCCAACUCGUACGCCGUCGUCAUUGGUCACCCCGCCACUGCAUCCGCCCGUCUCCAAUUCUGUCAGUCCUGGAACGGUAUCGCAUCCUUCGUCGGCCCACUCAUCGCAUCCAAGGCUUUCUUCGCUGGAGAGAACCAGAACUCCCUCACCAAUGUGCAGUUCGUGUACCUCGCUGUGGCCUGUGCCGGUGUGGCAGUCGCUGUGCUGUUCUUCUUCUCCAAGCUUCCUGAGGUUGCUGAGAGUGCCGGCCGCUCCGCAAGCAUUGUCGCAGCCGACUCUGAAGAGCUUGGAAUUGGUGUCGAUGGCAGCAUCCUCAAGCAAAAGCCACUCUACAAGGAAUGGAACAUGAUCUUCGGUUUCGCUGCACAGUUCUGUUACGUCGGUGCUCAAGUCACUUGUGCCACCUUCUUCAUCAACUACGCAAACGAGAACGGUGGUUUUACAACCGAAGAGGGCUCGCGCAUGUUGUCGUAUGCCCUGAUUACCUUCACCGUCGGACGAUUCAUCGCUACCGCCUUGGCCACCGUCUUUGAGUCCAACUUCCUCCUGGUUGUGUACUCUGUAUGCGCCAUUGCUCUGAACGCCUACGUCGCCGCCGGCAGUGGUACAUCAGCUGUGGCAGUCCUGAUCGUCAUCUUCUUCUUUAUGGCACCAAUGUACCCAACCAUCUUCACUCUCGGUACUGCCAACCUCGGAACCAACACACGUCGUGGCGCUGGUAUCCUCGUCAUGGGUGUCUCAGGAGGUGCUGCUUUCCCACCGAUUCAAGGAGCUAUCGCCGAUUCCGCAAGCACUCGUAUCUCAUACGUGGUGCCACUUGUUGGAUUCGUGGCUGUGCUCGCAUACUGUGCUUCUCACUGGUCUCGCCAUGGCUUCCACAUCAUGCGCAUCAAGGGCGAGAAGGUCAUUGCCACUGCUCUCGAGGGUGGUGCUGUCGGUGGUGCUGUGCAGACUGUUCACUACGACGAGAAGAGACUGUCUGUUGUUGAGGCCGAGACCGCUCGCCGCUCAUCUCUCGGAGGCGCUGCAGUCAACCCAGUCACUGGUGGCUACAACCUCAAGAUCUAAGCGGUUGGACCAACUUAGACUUCUUCAAGAUUGGAAAAAGUCACUUGCAUAGCAUGGGAGAGUUUCGAUGCAUUUACACGGGGUGGACAACUGUUUUUAUGAGGACAUGGACAAUGACGAGAUACCAUCGCUGUACAUAUUGAUUUAACGGCCAAUUCAAAAAUACUUCAGAUG